AUGAAAGACAAUUUUUUUGAAGUGGAAGGCAGCUGUAAAAGUCAGACCCCCAUCAUGGAUAGAGAGUGUCUGUUUGGAUUGGGAUGGACCGUUGAGGCUGGACCAGAAACCUAUAUCAUCUACUCUGUAUGCUGCAAAGGGAUGUGGGAUAUUAUUGCUUGCUGGCCAUCAGCCAAAGUUGGGGAACAUGUGGUUAUUCCCUGUCCAAAUUACUUCAGACACUUCUCUGAUCAUCAUGAAGGUAACCUCUCAAAGACCUGUACUGCUGAUGGCUGGACCGAGAUGGACCCGAUGGAAAUCGCAAUACAUUGUGGCUAUAAUCUGAAUGGCACUGUUGACGAUGAUAGUUUCUUUAGGUCGGUGAAGAUCGGCUACACCAUCGGGCACAGUGUUUCUCUCAUCUCUCUCACCACCGCCAUUGUCAUACUUUGUAUAUUCAGGAAACUCCACUGCACGCGGAACUACAUCCACAUGCACCUGUUUGUGUCCUUCAUUCUGAAAGCCAUCGCCGUCUUUGUCAAAGAUGCGGUGCUCUACGAUGUUAUUCAAGAGUCUGACAACUGCUCCACUGGUUCUGUUGGCUGCAAAGCUGUGAUUGUCUUUUUCCAGUAUUGCAUUAUGGCAAGCUUCUUCUGGCUGCUAGUCGAAGGUCUGUACCUUCAUGCUCUGCUGGCCGUCUCCUUCUUCUCAGAGCGGAAGUACUUCUGGUGGUACAUUCUGAUUGGUUGGGGAGGUCCAACGAUUUUCAUCAUGGCUUGGAGCUUUGCCAAAGCUUACUUCAAUGAUGUCGGAUGCUGGGAUAUAAUUGAAAAUUCCGACCCAUUCUGGUGGAUUAUCAAAACCCCGAUAUUAGCUUCAAUUCUGAUGAACUUUAUCCUCUUCAUUUGUAUCAUUCGGAUACUGCGGCAGAAGAUCAACUGUCCUGACAUUGGGAGAAAUGAAUCAAACCAAUAUUCGAGGCUGGCAAAAUCCACACUUUUGUUGAUUCCACUCUUUGGGAUAAACUUCAUCAUAUUCGCUUUCAUUCCUGAGAACAUAAAAACUGAGCUAAGACUCGUGUUUGACCUCAUUCUUGGGUCAUUUCAGGGUUUUGUGGUUGCUGUGCUCUACUGUUUCCUGAAUGGAGAGGUCCAAGCUGAGAUCAAGAGGAAAUGGAGGCGAUGGCACCUCGAAAGGUUUCUGGGUCCUGACACCAAAUACCAGCACCCAUCCAUGGGCAGCAACGGCAACAACUUCAGCACGCAGAUCUCCAUGCUGACUCGCUGCAGCCCCAAGACUCGCCGCGCAUCCGCAUGUCAAGACGAGACGUCCAUCACAAUCUAACUUAGCAUCUAUAAUGAUGUGGUAUUGUCACCAGAAUGAGACCGUGAGAGGACAUGAAGAUGUCCAGGAAGUGUUCUAGUGAAAUUCAGUUCUGACCUUCAGAGAGAUGAGCUACUAAACCCUACAUUUGCUGAAAAUAGCGCAAUUUGUUUCCAUAGGAGUCGUCAGUGAGGUUCUUGUAUGAAAAACACAAUAUCGGACAGGCACAGAUCAUCUUCUGCAACACAUAAAACCUGUAAAUAAAGCCACAGUGAUCUUCUGGAGAGCAGCGAGAUCGUAGUUUUGCCGUCAUUUUGUGCCAACUCUGCUCUGCAGGGACACAGAAGCAACAGCAUCAUCAAGAAUGACUGAUGAUACGCUGCAGGAAAAAGAGGUUAGGGAUUCUUUGCCUGGACUGCUCAUAUAUUUUGCUUAUGAGGUAAGUU